AUGGAAGGACUGAAUUUUUCUUUGAUAACCACUCGACCUGAAUUGUUUGAAUAUGAAGGAAUCUUUCUAACCCAUUACUUUACUGAUAACUGGGAAAAUGUUCAAAAGUUCCAGGCCAGACCAGAUGACAUCCUCAUUGCUACUUAUCCCAAAGCAGGCACAACUUGGAUUUCAUACAUCUUGGACCUACUUUAUUUUGGCGGUGCAGAACCAGAACGUCAGACCUCAGUACCUAUCUACAUGCGAGUGCCUUUCCUGGAGUCGAAUUUCCACAAGAUACCUACAGGGGUUGAUCUAGCAAAUAAUUUACCAACCACCCCAAGACUCAUCAAAACUCAUCUACCUGUUCAACUGGUGCCCAAGUCCUUCUGGGAACAGAACUGCAAGGUUGUCUAUGUGGCUCGUAAUGCCAAAGACAAUGCUGUGUCGUAUUUCCACUUUGAGCGCAUGAAUCAAUCACAACCUACACCAGGCGACUGGAACGAUUAUAUACAGAAGUUCAUGGAUGGAAAGAAGGUGUUUGGAUCUUGGUAUGAUCAUGUGCAUGGUUUCUGGGAGAAGAAGCAGACAUACUUUAAUCUACACUACAUGUUCUUUGAGGAUAUGGUUGAGAACACUGAUCAUGAACUGGAGCGUCUCUCCUCUUUUCUCAACUUAUCUACAUCAAAAGAAGAGAGAGAGAAGGUUCUAAACAAUGUCCACUUUGAUGCAAUGAGGCAAAACAAGAUGACCAACUACUCCACGAUUCCAAACAUGAUUUUUUCAAUCUCACCAUUUAUGCGCAAAGGUAAAGUCGGUGACUGGAAGAAUCACUUCACUGUGGCCCAGAAUGAACAGUUUGAUAAACACUACAAAGUGAAGAUGAAGAACACAACUUUGAAAUUUCGAACAGAGAUUUCUUGA